UCUAACAGUGUUACACACAGCGGAAGUAAACCAACAGGACCUUCUCCUUUGGAGUUGAAUAACUGGGAGGUGCCUCUGUUGUUGUAUCGCAGUUAUUUUCUUCACGUGUGUGUGAUCAACAAUGUCUUCAGCUGAAUCACUGAGAGAGUUUAUCACCGAGCGGCUGACUGCUGCUGCUGAAGACAUAUUUGUAGUUUUUCAGAGAACCAUCGUCCAGUAUGAGGAAGAGAUCGGCCGUCAGCGCAGAAUGCUGGAUAUGGCUUGGAAACCUCACAUAAACGUGCACAGAAUCGAGCUCCCACAACAACAUGUCUGUAAGGAGGAGGAGGAGGAGGGUCUCUCUGACCAGCAGCUCUGUAACCAGAAGAGGGGCUCCAGUCUGGACCAAGAGGACCCAGAGCCUCCACAGAUUAAAGAGGAACAGGAAGAGCUCUGCACCAGCCAGGAGUGGGAGGAGACUGGGGACUCUGAUCCAGAACUGAGGAAUGAACACCAGCUCAUUUCUCCAGACCCUCAUGUUGCUGAUAACCAAGAUCCAAAGACAGGCGAGCAUGGAGACUCAGAAUCAACUAGAAAAUCAAAACCAAAAAAAGAGAGAAAAGUUCACAAAAGAGGAAGUCAGAACACAAAACUGUCAGAGACUCACCGUGAUCCUCAACAAGGGGAAAAGUCUUUCAAAUGUGACCUAUGUGGGGAAGAUUUUGAGUACAAGUCAGAGUUACAGACACACCAGCGUGUCCACACAGGUAGAGAGACGCAUACCUGUAAGAGCUGUGGGAAAAUAUUCAGUUUCAAGUCAUUACUGACCGUUCAUACAAGAACACACACAGGAGAGAGGCCUUACUCCUGUAAGACAUGUGGGAAUCGCUUCAGAUUUAGCAGUACAUUGAGAGUUCACAUGAGGACUCACACAGGUGAGAAGCCUUACUCCUGCAGCACCUGUGGGGAAAGAUUUUCCCGGGUAUCACACUUGAGCAGGCACAUUCAAAUUCAUACAGGGGAGAAGCCGUUUACCUGCAAAAUAUGUGGCAAAUCUUUCAGGGAGAAAGGCAGCCUGACAGUUCACAUGAGGACACACACAGGGGAGAAACCAUACUCCUGUAACGUAUGUGGGAAACGCUUCAGAUUUAGCAAGACAUUAGCAGUCCACAUAAAAACUCACACAGGGGAGAAACCGUACUCCUGCAGCACCUGUGGGAAAAGGUUCAGUCAGAAUGCACACUUAAAGAGGCACCUUCUCAUUCACACAGGGGAAACGCCGUUUACCUGCACGACAUGCAGCAGAGCCUUCAGACAUAAAGGCAGCUUGACAGAACACAUGAGAACACACACAGGUGAGACGCCAUAUUCCUGCGACACCUGUGGGAAAGACUUUAAAUCUGCCUACACACGGAAUAUCCACUUGAGGACACACACAGGGGAGAAGCCUUUCUCUUGUAGCACCUGUGGAAAAAGAUUCCCCCGCAACUCAGAGUUAAACACACACCAUCGCAUUCACACAGGUGAGAAGCCAUUCACCUGCAAAACCUGUGGCAAAUCCUUCAGGUUUAAAGGUGUGUUGACAGAACACAUGAGAACACACACAGGCGAGAGACCUUACUCCUGCAGCUUCUGCGGUAAAAGAUUCCAGCGGGGUUCAGAUUUGAAUAUUCACCAUCGAAUUCAUACAGGUGAAAAGCCGUUUCCUUGCAAAACCUGUGACAGUUCUUUCAAAUCUAGUAGUGAACUGAGCAGACACAUUCGAAAAAUCCACACAGGAGAGAUGCCGCACUCCUGCAGCACCUGUGGGAAACGAUUCUUUGAGAAGGGGGACUUGAAUAAGCAUGUAAAAAGUCAUACAGGUAAAAGUCAUACUCCUGUGGUACCUGAGGGAAAUCAUCCGGUAUCAGGAGGUCUUUAGAUAAACACAUUCAAAUUCAUACAGAAUAAAAGGUGUUUAUUUAUAGAGCAUGUGGCAGGUGUCUCAGGGUGAGUGGUGAUUGACAGGUGAGACUUUACCUCUGAGAGAUCUGUUAUGUACCUGAGCUUGUAAGUCACAUGCAGGCAGGUAGCCGUGUGUAUGUAGAUAUGUGUGAGAUGAUUUGGUUCAAGUGAUGACUGCAUGUCUGUGAUGAAAUGAGUUUUAUACUGAGAUGAGGUUCACAUUGCUUUAAUGCAAUGAUGGAAUUUAAUGUCAACAAGUUUCUUCACUUUGUUCUUUGUGUCAUUUAUCAAUCAUGAAAAGUAUCACUCUGCAAGAGUCCUUACCUGACCUGUGUGAAACAUCACUGCUCAUUUAAACAGUUACAUGUUUUUCAUUGCUUCAUCUUGAUUCACAUUUUGUCACUAGAUGCAGAUCUGACAUUUACAACACAGACUGAAGACAUUGUACCGCAUUGUUCUGCAUAUGAAUCAGCCUGAACAGAAGUAAUAAACCUGCUGAAUCACAUUGAA